UCAGCGGGCAAACGCCGCGAACUCCGCUAUGAAUUGUUUACGGAAAUAAAGUACUUAUACACAAAGUUUUAAACAAUGUGGGUGGACGUUAGUGGACGGGAAAGACAAAGUUAUAUGUCACAAACGAAUGGUUCUUUUAUUCCUGGAUACACAGGUCAUUGCCCUCUACUGAAGUUCCGCUACGGAAAGUGCUACGGCGACAACACGCGACAAAUUCUGAAAGAAAUACGGUCCAAGGGAUUAUUUAAUAAGCCGUUGAAAUACCGCCCCGGUGACAACUAUCAGCUAGACAACAUGCCACGACGAGACACGCCAGCACGAGACCCGUACAACAGCAAGCAUAGGCAGCCUGCCUACAUGACCGGCUACACUGGAUAUGUACCAGGAAUGAAUUUCACGUAUGGAAAAUCUUACGGUCGAGCGGCAGAUGACUGCAUGGCAGACUUCUCCGCAAACCAACGAGACUUGCGACGUAAAGCCGACUUGAAUCGGAGUUACAUUCGAUCGAGAAGCGCACCGAAAAUGGAAACCGUGCAUUCAAGAGACGAAAUUCGACGCGAUCUUAACAGAUUCAGAGAAAUCAAUAAAUACAAAGAGAACACAAUAUCACCGGAAUUCCCUCCAAUUGCUGGUUACACCGGUCAUAUCCCACGUAUAAAAGGCUCGGAGGCUUCACUCAGCCAGCGAUACCACUGCGCUGCGAAACGUGGCUUAGAGCUUAUUCAGAUGGAGAGAGAUAAGAUGAAGGAACUACAAAAUGCAGAUUCUAACAUAAAAGCGAUAUUAAAAGAUAAUGAAAAGAAAUACUCUUAUUGGAAUUGGGGAUAGCAUACGGGAAGAAGGAUGUUCUUCACCAAGAAUCGAUGAACAUUCUUCGGGAUAAAAUAAUCAGUAUUUUUGAAUUGAUAGUAUUUUGUUGUGAUUUCUCGAUAAAACGCAUAUAUCUCGCCUUGAUCAAUACCUUAGUCUAAAACUGUGCACAACUGCGCAGUUCUGAACUUUGACGAUAAAAUUUCACCUAAAUUUUUUUAAUAAGUCUAUUAAUGAAUCACGGCGAAGCCACAGUUUUAAAAUAUUUUUCAUUAAAGGCUCUUUAUAUAAAUAAUUAACCAGAAUUCAUGUCUUGAAUAAAAUUAAGGAAAAAAUUGCAAGCAACUUGCGUUGCAAACCAUAAUAACAUUAUAGCCUAUUUCAAUCAUAGGAGGAAUUAAGACAAAUAAUAAUUAACUUUGACAUUAUACUGGCAUAACAAAAUUGGCCAAGGCAUUCGAGUCGUAAAAAAUAGCAUUUUGAAUGUUGGCAAUAAAUAAAGAAUAUAUAAAUUAGGUAACAACAUUUUGUAGUGCAUAAUAUAACGGUUUUAUGGUGAAGGAAAACAUCGUGGGGAAACCUGCAUGUGUCUAAUUUCACAGAAAUUCUGCUACAUGUGUAUUCCACAAACCCGCACUGGAGCAGCGUGGUGGAAUAAGCUCCAAACCUUCCCCUCAAAAAGGGAGAGGAGGCCUUCAGCCCAGCAGUGGGACAUUCAAAGGCUGUUAUUAUAUAAUACAGUUAACCAAUUAGCAAAUUGCAUAGGAUAUGUAAAACUCAGAUUUUUUUAUAUCUACUCCUUCUUCGAAUAAAACUGACAAAGUGGUUUUUUUAAAAUGUUUCUUCCACCAGUUAUGUGUUGAAAAAAGAUGAGCUUUUUACUAAAUAUAAAGCAAUGUGCACAAGUGUGUAAUGCAAUUUUGAAUAUUACUACUCAAAUUGUACUUACAUAAUAUGUAAAUACAUGAAAAAAAUAAAGCAUUCAAAGAGUAUAAUACAUACUUCAAA